AUGAGGAACCGAGCCAACGGCAUCGACAUCAUGUCAGCAGAUUACGUGCACAUCCAGAACGAAGUGUUCCAAGCACUGGCAGUCAAAGUAGGGGCCGAGAUACUUACGCACAGGCGGAACCAACCGAUGGGAGCGUGGUUAGCCCAGGUGCGAGCGACCAUUUUCAGCGAAGAAGAAGGUGAGGCAACUGAUGGAGACGAAGAAGAAGAACACGAGGAAGCGGAUGUCGAGUCUACGAAAGGGGGGAUUGGAUUGUAG